AGUCACCACCACCACAGUGAGGAUCUGACAGACUGCUUCCUCACUUUGACACCAUCUGAUCCCCCCUCACUCAGACGCAACACAAUGGAUCCCUGUUUUCGCGCACUUUGCAUGACUUUUGUUGUUCUGGCAUCGUUCACGGUCAGGAGGUCAGGUGCGAUCGGACCUGUUAUCAGAUGCGAUCCGUGUGACGUCGGAGCGCGUCUCCUGUGCAAACCUUUGCCCAAAGACUGCGCCGAGAAGGUCCGCGAGCCGGGCUGCGGAUGCUGCAUGACCUGCGCGCUGAGCUUCGGCCAGCCGUGCGGCGUGUACUCCGGGAGAUGUGGCUCCGGACUGAGCUGUCAGCAUCAGCCCGGAGAGACCAGACCUCUGCAGGCUCUGCUGGAGGGACGGGGGGUCUGUGCAAACGCGACUAACAGAAGACUCACAGCCAGACCGACUCCUCCUGUCAAUGAACUGCCAGCAGAGAUUAUUGAGACUCAGGAGGAGGAGAAGAAUUCCACCGGGUCGGGCCUUCAGACCUCACAGUACAUCACCCACAGACCCGCGGGACCCCCGAGACCUCCUCCUCACCCCUUUCUCCCCUCUGCCAAGUCGGAGGUCCUCAGACGGGAGCAGCAGAAGAGAACCCAGAGCUUUAAAAUGGAGGAGCUCCCGGGACCACUCAUCACAGACCAACAAAACUUCUCUCUAGAGACCAAACAGGAGCCCGAGUAUGGUCCCUGUCGGAGAGAGAUCGAGAGCAUCCUCAGCGGCCUCAAGGUCACAGACAUUCUUAACCCCAGAGGUUUCCGCAUACCAAACUGUGACAAAAAGGGCUUCUAUAAGAAAAAGCAGUGCCGUCCAUCCAAAGGCAGAAAGCGAGGCUUCUGUUGGUGUGUGGACAAAUACGGGCAGCCCCUGCCAGGUUUUGAUGGGAAGGAGCGAGGAGACGCCCAGUACUACAACUCUGAGAGCCAAUAGGAGCGGAGCGGGACGGAGAGAGGGAGGGUGGGGGAGUGAGAAGCAAGAAGGAGAAUUGUAAACAAAUGGAGACACUGAGGAUAUUGGGAGAGAGGUCAAGAGAUGGCUCGGCCGAUAAAUGGAUGUUUGCUAUUUCUAUCUGUUGCCUGUGGGACCUUUUUUUCUGAGGCAGAGCAGAGGGGAACAGAGGAAGGAGUACCAGGAGGAAAAACAAGCCUGUUUUCACAGAUACUUUUCUGCGAUGGAUGGAUUCUUCAUAAGCUUUUUUUGUCUGUGGGACAUCUUCUGAGAAGAAGAAUUGAUCUCAGAAGCGUUAUUCCGAUUAUAAAACACAGACAUUUGUCACAAACAUUGAUGAGAGUGCUCUUCAUUUACGCACAAUAAGUGGCAUCGUGUACAUGCUUGUGAUGUGUAAUCAUAAUGAUUUGUUAUAAAGACAUUGUGUGUGGUUAAGACAACCAUAUGUAUAUAUGAAUAUCUUCAGAGUAAGCAUGCAGUGCCUUACUAUGAAUUCCAUAUUUUCCAGUUGCUCCUCAGGGAGUCGGACUGGACUGUGCAGCUCAAACACUACAGUGCGUAUAAAGUUAUUUUUUUUUAAUGCUGGAUCUGAAGCCACAACAAGAGGGACUUUUCCUUUAAUCUGUACUGUGGUUCUUACUGUUUUGUUGUCACAUUGCAUAAGCUGAAUUCUUUGGGAUAAAGGCCAGAAACUGUUAUCUCCGAUCUCUGUGUAGCCAGUGAUCAUCUUCAUCACUUGCCUUUAAGUAAAUACGCUGUUUGCAUGUACAAUGCAACCCUCAGAGGUCUAUUUUUACUUAAUAAAGGCAGUAUAAAAGUAUCCAGGCACUGCAUUUUCAUUUUUACAUUGAGACUUUUUUUGGGCAGUUAAAAAAAAGCACAUUAAAACAUGACUCCGUUGUGAUGAAAUACCAUUUUAAUUGGAUGCACAUCAACAGAAUUACAAGAAUAUAUACUGUACAUUGGUUCAACAAAAUAGCAGCCUCCCUGGCAAAUUUACAAACACUUUUGGUCCACUGCACAUGCAGACAAAAGCAGAAACACAUGAGUGAAUCAUAAUAAAUACUUGCUAUAGAAUAGGUCGAAAAAAAGACAAAUAAAAGUCCCUAAAGGUGUAGCUGACAAGAGCCCU